AUGGCCGCGUACCGGGGGGGCUCCCACACCCUCAGCAAGGAUGAUGUGAACUACAGAAUGCAUUUUCGGAUGAUCAACGAGCAGCAGGUGGAGGAUAUCACCUUGGACUUUUUCUACAAGCCGCACACGAUCACGCUGCUAACAUGCACUGUGCUGAGCCUGAUGUAUUUCGUCUUCACCAGAGACGAUGCCAAUCUUGACAAUAAUCUCUGGGUGGGGCUAAUUUUGGUCAUCUCAUUCUUUCUGGUCAUCAGUGUUUUGGCUUUUCCAAACGGUCCAUUCACCAGACCACAUCCAGCCAUAUGGCGAAUAGUAUUUGGUUUGAGUGUCCUCUACUUCCUAUUCCUGGUAUUUAUCAUAUUCCUCAACUGGCAGCAGGUUAAGCACCUUAUGUACUGGCUGGAUCAAAACCUGCGCUAUGCCAAAAGAGAAGCAGAUAUAAUGGAAUAUGCCGUGAAUUGCCAUGAUAUUUCUUGGGAGAGAAUUUUAAGUCAUUUCGACAUCUUUGCAUUCAGUCACUUUUGGGGCUGGGGAAUGAAAGCCCUCCUCAUUAGAAGCUACGGCCUGUGUUGGACUAUCAGUAUCACUUGGGAACUCACAGAGCUUUUUUUCAUGCAUCUUCUGCCUAAUUUUGCCGAGUGCUGGUGGGAUCAAGUCAUACUGGACAUUCUGCUCUGUAACGGAGGAGGCAUUUGGCUGGGGAUGACUGUGUGCCGCUUUUUGGAGAUGAGGACUUAUCACUGGGCCAGUAUCAAGGACAUUCACACGACCACAGGCAAAAUCAAAAGAGCAGUGUUGCAGUUCACUCCGGCGAGCUGGACGUAUGUGCGCUGGCUCGACCCCAAGUCUUCAUUGCAGCGCGUGAUGGGCGUCUAUCUCUUCAUGAUCAUCUGGCAGCUAACGGAGUUGAACACAUUCUUCCUGAAACAUAUUUUUGUCUUUCCUGCGAGUCAUGCUCUGAGCUGGUGCCGAAUUCUAUUUGUUGGUAUCAUCACCGCUCCAACAGUAAGGCAGUAUUACGCUUACCUCACCGACACUCAGUGCAAGAGAGUUGGGACUCAGUGCUGGGUGUUUGGUGCAAUAGCUUUUCUGGAAGCUCUGGCCUGCAUUAAAUUUGGACAAGACCUUUUCUCAAAGACACAGGUCCUCUACGUCGUCCUGUGGCUGCUGUGUUUGGCCUUCAUUACAUUCCUUUGUCUGUAUGGGAUGGUGUGGUAUGCAGAAACAUACGGGCCAAAGCAAAAGAAUCUGUCUGAUUUUGAUGAGAGUAUUUUCCCUGAUUCUCCAGACACUGAGUCUUAUGAAUUCAAUGGAGACGCAGGAGAAAUGGGGGAUCCAGAGGACGACGACCAGCUCUUUGAUGGCACAACCAGACUGAGAAACGUGCAGAAAUCCAACGGACUUGACUCUUAG